AUGAGACUAAGUAUUCGAGCGCUUUUCCCCUUGAUUAUGGGUAGCCGAACAGUUCAUGCUGUUCUGGACUGUGACUGGGUUGCCGUGAAUGCCAUCCUACCACAGAAUGUCAGCCUCUCUUUUGUGACGGCUAUCCCAGAGAAUGGAACCUUCACGGUGCCCAGGGAAGAUACGGGUUGGCCGACCGACCCAAUCAAUCUCCCCAGCCUAUGCGCGAUUGGUGCUAUGGUAUUAGGAGAGACAGCCAACUCUAGCUUUGGCUUUGGGCUUUUCCUUCCCACCAAAUGGAACGGUCGCACGCUGACUGUUGGUAAUGGAGGCUUGGCUGGGGGGGUGAACUGGGUGGACAUGGUACGACACGGCCGCCCUGCACAGUCCAGCCGUAUCCUAACCAAUAACCUUCCGAAACAGGGCACGGGUGUCAAAUAUGGCCACGCUGUCUUUUCCACUGACACUGGCCACAAUAGUACUGCAACGGAUGCAAGUUGGUCCUACCAGACCAUUGAAUCCCAGGUCAAUUGGGGAUGGAGGGCCUUACACGAAACAGUAAUCUACAGCAAGCUGAUCACCGAGGCUUUCUACGGGAUCAAGCCCUCGUUCAACUAUUAUCAGGGAUGUAGUACAGGUGGCCGUCAAGGGUUUAAAGAGGCGGAGGCAUUCCCUAGUGAUUUCGAUGGCAUAAUUGCAGGCGCUCCCGCGUGGUGGACGCAAAUAUGGCAAUUCUGGGUGGGAUAUGUGAACUACAUCUCGAACCUCACCAUGAUUCCGACUAGCAAGUUUGAUGUCAUCGGAAAAGAAGUAUUGCGGCAGUGUGAUGGUCAAGAUGGUCUCGUUGAUACAAUCAUCUCUGAUCCUCUUGGUUGCAACUUCAAUCCCGAAAUGCUUCUUUGUUCCUCAGACGUGACUGAUACUACUAAUGCGGAAUGUCUGACGGCAGAGCAAUUGCAGACUUUUGAUAUUCUUACUCGGGAUUUUCUGGAAACAAACUCGACACUGGUUUUCCCUGCCUGGCUUCGCGGCUCGGAACACUUCUGGAAUCUCAACAUUGAUGGAGGGGCUCCGAAUAUCAUAGGUCUAGGAUACAUUCAAUAUAUGUUGGGCUUAGGUCCUGAUUGGAAGUGGGAAUCUUUCGACGCGGAUAUUGUACAAUUAUCCGAAAGGCUGAAUCCCGGACAGGCUGAUGCGUCAUACUACGAUUUGAGGGAGUUCUAUGAAGGGGGAAGAAAACUGAUCCAUUACCAUGGCUUGAGCGACGGUGGUAUUGCAACGGGAGCUAGUUACUAUCUGUACGACCAGAUUGAUCGAGCCCUCACUCCCCAAGGUAUAGACGUGAAUGAUUUCUAUCGUUUCUUUCCGAUUCCUGGCAUGGGGCAUUGUGUUGAUACUGCGAAUUAUGUGAAUGCUCCUUACUAUAUUGCCGGUAUCAGUAUGACGAACAAUGGGCAACAUUCAGUCCCCCACUACCAGGAUGCGAAACACGACGUACUUUUUGCUCUUAUGGACUGGGUGGAGAAUGGAACUGCCCCGGAUGCUAUUAUUGGAACAGCCUACGCCAACUUUUCUACCAUGGAUGCAAUUACCCGGCAACGCCCAAUUUGUGCCUAUCCAAAGCAGGCCAAGUAUCGAGGAAAAGGGGAUC